AUGGGGCCGGACACACCGAGGAAGCCCCGGGACGGCUUCUCGCGUCCCGGCGGAGAACAGCACUCGGCCCCGCUGGGCAGGGCCCGGCACCGAGCAGCAGAGAGGGCACCACCGGUAGCCCGGAGCAGUGGGACCGGCUCGGCUCGAGACAUCAGAUGUCACCUUCUGCGACACACGAAGAAAAUCCUGCGUGGUCGAUUCCACUUGCUGCUCAGAAUGUCACCUGCCACUGUGGUCGCCCUUUCUUCUGCCAUAAAAGUACAAGACAGAUGGAAAGGAUCCAUAGUGGUCUGCAAGUACAAGGUGUCAUCUGGUAAGCGUCUCGUGGUGCUCAAUAGAUACCCCCCAGCCCAGGUUUGCCUGCCGGUUGUGAAGCGAACUGACGGUAAGGGGCCAGCCCUGUGUCUGGAGGCUCCUGGCUCUGUCUCCAGUGGGUGCCCUGCAGGUGUGGCGGCGAGAGCUGUCUGGUGGGGAGAGUCUGGAGCCCGCAGGGACUGGGGACGUUUGUGGCCCGUCCCAGCCGGGGAAUGGAGUGGGAGCAUUGCGGAGCAGUGCCUGGGCAAGAGACUUGGCACCAUCAUCUGGCACACUGCCCCUCCGUGGGGCAGCCGCCAGCCUGCGGGACAGGGGCUGGGUGGGCUGCCCCCCUUUAUGUUUCUAGCAGAGCUCCCCUUCUUUUGGGGGGGCAUGUACAUAUGUAAGUGGCAUUAUUAAAUUAACGA